AAUAUUAGCGAAAGUGGCUAAUUGUAACGAUAAAUUCAUUUGCUUUACGUGUGAGUUUGUGUAAAACGUCAUCAGGCCCUAGUAACCUCGACAGGGUCUUGGGAAGAUAGAUCGCUAGCUAAAGCAACAAUAUGGGUUUGCUGUCAAUCCUUCGAAAGCUAAAGAGCACACCUGAUCAGGAGGUUCGGAUCUUGUUGUUGGGUUUGGACAACGGCGGAAAGACCACGCUACUGAAACAACUGGCCUCUGAGGACAUCAGUCACAUCACUCCCACACAGGGCUUCAACAUAAAGAGUGUUCAGUCUCAGGGUUUUAAGCUGAAUGUGUGGGACAUCGGGGGACAGAGGAAGAUCAGACCCUACUGGAGAAAUUACUUUGAGAACACUGAUGUGCUGAUUUACGUCAUCGACAGUGCGGACAGAAAAAGAUUUGAAGAGACGGGACAGGAGCUGGCUGAGCUGUUGGAUGAGGAGAAGCUGAGUGGGGUUCCAGUGCUGAUCUUUGCCAACAAGCAAGACCUGCUGACGGCUGCCCCAGCUUCUGAGAUUGCUGAGGGACUCAACCUGCACACUAUCCGGGACCGCGUCUGGCAGAUCCAGUCCUGCUCUGCCCUCACUGGAGAGGGUGUACAGGAUGGAAUGAACUGGGUCUGCAAGAGUGUCAAUGCUAAGAAGAAGUAGCACAGCUGUCUGCUUUCUCAUACACACACACCCUAAGCCUGUGGGAGGAUGGGUUGUACUUGUGAAUGUACACACUAAACAUGGACUUGAAGAAAGUUUUUAACUGCCUUGCUGGUCAAUAGACAUUGUUUACGAAACUACAUUUCUCGCGAGAACUACAACUUCCAUUGUUGCUCUUCAAAAUGGAGUAUUUGUAUUUGGGGGUACAAAGGGAAGGAAACCCAUCCCAGGAGACCCACCAGCCUAACCAUAUCACCUCCACCCUGUUAAGAAAUUCCGUCCCAGGACAUUCCAGACCUUUCUACUGUCCUUCACCACAACACCAGCCUCUUCCCUCUCUUCUAGCCUCGGUACCAGUCCGUUUGUCUUAUAUUCCACUCCUUGUACUGUCCUACUGUAUGCCAAAGCUUAACAGGAGUGGUAAGGUGUGGAAUGAUAUCAAAACAGACUGUUACCCAGACUACCUCUCUCCCCCUCUCAUUCGAUCUUUCUUUCCUCUCUUUCCAUAUUUUUCUUAUUUGUACAGUUUGCUCAGUUUUUUUAUUCCAUGCUCCAAGCUUUUCUCGCUGCAGUUCUGUUGGAAGUAGGGUAUAUUUUUGUAAUUCUCUAUUUAUGGUGAAGUAGAGGGUAAUUUGCUUACAAAUAAUAGAUACGGUGUGUGGUUACUGGUUUACUAGGAUGACAGGGCAACAUUGUAUACUGUGCUUUACUCCCCUGUGAAAAGGUUACGUGUGUUAAUAUGUAGAUUUAAAAAACGCACACACAAACACUAUAGGACAACUCUGAAAUGACACUCUGUUCCCUAAAUAAUUAACUAGAGUAGACCACAGCCCAUAUGAGUAGAGCUCUAUCUAGUGAAUAAUGUGCCAUUUUGGACAGAAUCUAAUAAAUAAAAUAGAAAAAGACUACAUUUUUGAUGAUCAAUUGUAUAUAACUCGCCCCCAUAAUGUUUUAUUUUACCUUUAUUUAACUAGGCAAGUCGGUUAAGAACAAAUGAUUAUUUUCAGUGAUGGCCUAGGAACAGUGGUUUAACUGCCUUGUUCAGGGCCAGCACGAGAGAUUUUUACCUUGUCAGCUCGGGGUUUUGAUCUUGCAACCUUUCGGUUACAUGUCUAACCACUAGGCUACCUGCCACCCCUAUUCAUGUUAUGUGCAUGCAGUAGAGUAUAUAUUACACCUGUACUAUGUAAUCUAUUGUAUUUGCAUAUGUAGAUCAGUGGAGGCUGGUGGAAGGAGCUAUAGGAGGAUAGAAUGGAAUAAUUGGAACGGUAUCAAACAGGGAAACCACAUGUUUGACUCUGUUCUGGUCUUUCCAUUCCAGUCAUUACAAUGAGCCUGUACUCUUAUAACUCCUCCCACCAGCCUUCACCGUUGUUGAUAGAUUUUAACAGGGAUAAAUGACCAGUGUAUUUCUCAAGUGUUUCAUUGUCUUGGGUUUUAGAGGGCAUUUAAACAACGCUCUUUCCUUUUAAUAUUCUUGAAUGUGAUCUGUCCAAGGAUUGAAGGUCCGUGAAUAAAAUGUGAUGGGAAAAAAUUGCAUUGUUUUCUGAGCUGGCUGUCGUGGUAGUAAAAAGAGGACCAGCCAACACACACACACACACACUUCUGUGUGAUGAGCUAUGGAGGACACCACUUUACCUAUUUGCUGCCUAUACCCUUGUAUAUUUGCCAGUCUUUGUAAAGGGCUCUGGUGCGGGGUCUCUCCAUCUCCAAAACACUAGCGUCACACACACACAGGUGGGGUCACAGACCAACCUCGCCUCACACAGGUGGGGUCAGCUGGUUUUGACAUUGAAAAGGCCCAGCUGGUUGAGCCCCUGAAGAAGGCAGCUCCCUCUCUCUGUGUGUGUGUGUGUGUGGCAGCCUUCCGCCACAGUCGACUCCUACAGGCCUAUGUUUAACUACUAGUCAGACCACAGCUGUUCCGUGGUUGGUUCAGGCCUGCUGCACAUAGUUGUGAGGGUGUUGCAUAUGUUACAGGGGAGAGAACACUGGCCAUAAAACACUGACAUCCAGCUGUGUGCAUGUGAGAGAGCAAUGCAUUCUGAGGGCUUGUGGCUGUGGGACUAUAAAAGGUCCCAUUGUGAAACACUCUCUCUCGAUUCCUACUUGGGCCAGGCACUAUCUGAAUAUAUAUAUAUGCUGCUAACUGUAUGUGACUUUGGCUCAAAGUGUCUGAUAAACUAGGUAUUUAUGCUCAGACGUUAAGAUCAAAGUGUAGAUGUCUUUAAAUCUCUGGGCACAGACCGAGAGGCUACUUCCCAAAUGGCACCCUAUUUCCUACACAGUGCCCUUACAGCCCUUUGGGCCCUGGUCAAAAGUGGUGCACUACAUAGGUAAUAGGGUGUAAUUUGCUGCCCAUGUCCGUUAAUGUUGAGGAUGUCGUUGUUACUGACAAGAAGCACAUGGCUGAGCUCUUUAAUCAACACUUCAUUAAGUCAGGAUUCCUAUUUGACUCAGCCAUGCCUCCUUGCCUGUCCAACAUUUACUAAUCUCUUCUAAUGCGACUUUAAAGGGGGAGAUCAAACUGUUACAGGCCUAUUUCUAUUUUGCCCUGUUUAUCAAAAGUGUUGGGAAAUCUUUCUUGUGGUCUAUAGUAUUCUCUCUGGUAGGCAAUCUGGUUUAUGCUCAGGUUAUGUAUGUCACUGCAACCUUAAAGUUCCUCAAUGAUGUCACCAUUGCCCUUGAUUCUAAGCAAUGUUGUGCUGCUAUUUUUAUUGACUUGACCAAAGCUUUUGAUACUACGGUAUACCAUGCCAUUCUUGUGGGCCGGCUAAGAAGUAUUGGUGUCUCUGAGGGCUCUUUGGCCUGGUUUGCUAACUACCUCAAAGAGUGCAGUGUAUAAAGCCAGGACAUCUGCUGUCUCAGCCACUGCCUGUCACCAAGGGAGUACCCCAAGGCUCAAUCCUAGGCCCCGCUCUUCUCAAUUUACAUCAACAACAUAGCUCAGGCAGUAAGAAGCCCUCUCAUUCAUUUACAGUGCCUUGCGAAAGUAUUCGGCCCCCUUGAACUUUGCGACCUUUUGCCACAUUUCAGGCUUCAAACAGAAAGAUAUAAAACUGUAUUUUUUUUGUGAAGAAUCAACAACAAGUGGGACACAAUCAUGAAGUGGAACGACAUUUAUUGGAUAUUUCAAACUUUUUUAACAAAUCAAAAACGGAAAAAUUGGGCGUGUUGCUGUGUUGCUGCCUUGCUAUAUUGUUGUCUUAGGUCUCUCUUUAUGUAGUGUUGUGUUGCCUCUUGUCGUGAUGUGUGUUGUCCUAUAUGUUUUAACAUUUUAUUUAUUUUAUUCAUCGCAGGAUGCAUUUUGGUAGGCCGUCAUUCUAAAUAAGAAUUUGUUCUUGCCUAGUUAAAUAAACAUUUUUUAAGACCUA